GCCCAUCGAUCAUUUCGGAAUAUUCCGAUAAUGGACUGACUCGAUUCACCCACGUACCGCUGUUAACCAUCCGAGAUAAACAUUCAUAUUUUCUUCCAUUUAAAUCUUCUCAUUUUAUAACGAUUAACAAUUGGUUAGGGUGGGUUAGGAAUUGGUUACAACGGGUUAGGAUGGGUUACCAAUAAGUUACCAUAGAUUAGAACAAGUUACCACGGGUUAGGUUGUUACCCGUCCGUUCAGAUAUAGGAUGUUGGUACCCAGGGGGAUCGACGGCGGACAUCGUUUGGCAGCGAAACUUCCUUUUCCGUUUUCUCCUACGCUGCGUAGUUUCCGAGUUACGCGCCUCCAAAGAACCGACCAAUCGGAGCGCAGCAUUUUCAUUUCCGUUGUAUCUCCGGAACCACGGGUCGUAGAUAAAAAACGGUAAAGGAAGUUUCGCCGCGGAAUCCAGUCCCCUAUCCAUCGCGGCAAUCGCGAACGACCCCUACCUGAACCGAACCUACCUUAAAAAUUUGUGUCGAGCCAUUUCACAUGAAUGGUCUCGCAUUUUCACCACCAACCUUUCCGUAAUACCGUCGACUACUCAUUUUUCACAUUUUCGAUCAAUUUUCUUUACGUAAUGGACUCCCUGGUAUCGGCCGAGAUGUCAAGUUCCCGAAUGGACAUGGUAACGUUCGUCCGCGCGAAACAUCAACAAACUGGGUGAAAAAAGUGCUGAUACUUAAGACUUAAUCAAGUGACCGUUGCCGAGGAAAUGAAAACGUAUUUUGACGAAAAGUCGUUUGCGAAAAUUGAUUGCUCUGCCGAGGAAGCUCGUACGGUACCUCUGUAGCACUGGAGUCGUAUCUAAAGAGAUGGAUAUCGAUGAGGUGCACAGCAUCGACCCUUUUAAAUGGAGUGCGAGAGAUCGUUAAUGCACGAGCGAUCUUGAAUAACAACUGUGGGAAUGGGCAACUGUUUACGCAAGGCAUCGUUGGAUGAUCUUGAAACGUGCGAAGGCCGUAAUCGUGCGGAUUCACGGAACAGAAUCUUAUCGAAUCGGAGUGAAAAUGCCAGUGCUACCGAUGACUCGUCGAAUCCAUGUUUCAGAUUCCCAACGACUGAUGAUAUCGAUAAGCUUGUCCUUGACUUCCUUGCAGUCAUCAGAUCGCUCGUCGACAAUUCACAGGAGCCACCUCCUGCCAUGUUGACGUUGCGUGCCAUUGCCGAUAAGGAAGAUGGUUGGAUUCGAAUGGUUAGCUCCAUGGUCAAUGUAGUACCGAUGGAUAGCCCAAUGGGUCCUUCCGUUAUAACUCUGCUGUUAUACGACUGCCCUUUACCCUCGAAAGACACGGUGUUAAAACUAUCGCACAUGUUUCAAUCGUCCCAAAAAGUGGGCAAUGUUCAAACUAGUGCGAGCCAACAGCGCAACAUUUGUGUAGUUAUGGGCUGUAUUGCGGAGAAGAUGGCAGGCCCUAACAGCAUAGCGAUAUUAUCUGAUACCACCUUGGACUAUCUCGUGUCGAAUCUUAGAGACGACACCGAUCCGUACGUGGCGCUACAUUCUCUGAUAGCUCUAGAAAAGUUCGCCCAAACAAGUGAGAAUAAAGUAAUGAUUAAGAAGCGUCUGAUGGCGGCGAAGCAACAUCCGUUGCUAGAACUGGAAAAAUGGGCUACCGAGGCUCAUUACGUACGUCGACAAGUUGGCUUUUGUGCCCGGUGGUGUUUAGAUAAUUUAUUUUUAACGGAAGGCAGAAAGUAUUCCCAUGACACGGUCGAUAUGACUGGUAUUCAUGUGAUGUUAAAUACGAAGGACGUAAGCGAGUACCUGAAAAUUUCGCCGAAUGGUUUGGAGGCUCGCAGUGACGUGUAUUCAUUCGAAAGUGUGCGAUGUACUUUUCAAGUAAAUUCUGGAACGUGGUACUACGAGACCCUGCUAAUUACCUCAGGAGUUAUGCAAAUCGGGUGGGCCACAAAGGACAGUAUGUUCCUAAAUCAUGAGGGAUACGGUAUAGGCGAUGACGAAUAUUCCUUAGCCUGUGAUGGCUGCCGAGGCCUGAUAUGGCACAAUGCAAGGAGCGAACACUACGUGGGAAGUCCUUGUUGGAAACCUGGUGAUAUUCUUGGAUGCCUUCUAGACCUAGAGAGGCGCGAGAUAAUUUUCUACAUAAACGGGUUCCCCCUGAAGCCUUGGUUCCCAACGUCCUACGUAGCAAGGACUGGGUUCUUCGCAGCGGCAAGUUUUAUGGCGUUCCAGCAAUGCCUGUUCAAUUUCGGCAACGCGCCUUUCAAGUAUCCUCCCACGGACAGGGAAUACCAAGCAUUUAAUGAUCACGCCACAUUGAACCCGGAGGAUAGAGUUGUGCUUCCAAGACACAUUUACCUGGACCAGUUGAGAAAGCUCAGUGUCAGAGAGGAUUCCUGCACCCUGUGCUUCGACCAGAAGGCCUCCGUAAGGUUGUUGCCCUGCGAGCACCGAGGAUUUUGCCAAACGUGUUCGAAGCAACUGGCCGAGUGCCCGAUGUGUAGAGCUACGAUCGCGGAAGUGGCGGAAGUAGAUCACACAUGACACUCGUGGAAAAAAGUAGCAUCCGUCAGUAUACACCUAUCGGUUGUACUUUCCGUCGUCCGCGGAAGGUGUUACAAGAUAAUCAUUAACGUAACGGUUAACCGUCUAGGAUAUAUGCGCACCGUGCGGUCUAUUAAUUUCUUCUUCAUCAAUUGCAAUACAGUAUUUCCGCGGGGAGAAAAGGACUGUGAUCAAAGCUAGAUCGUGGCUCUGCUUAGCGAAGCCGUCACCAGUGGACUUUUCCUUUUUUAAUCGACUUACUCGGUAGACCUUUUAAAUCAACGUUGUUGCAUUUACAAUUUUUCCUUUUUAUAUUUUGUAUAAACUGAUUUUUCCCCGUACUCGCCGCCCUCCCCCCUUGGACUUGGUUGUCUGCGCGAGGAAGCGUAAGCAAUGUACAAACUGGAGUCGUCGUGCGGUACCAGAGAGUGAGGAUUGCAUUGUACUUUUCUGUUCCACGUUAUUAACGAUUUUUUAAAUAUACAGCGAGAACCGGUACGAGUCUACGCUAGAAUUCCCAUGCUAGAGAUACUACGUCUAAUUAACUGGGAUAUAAUGUAGCAUAAAUAUUUAAAUAUGUAUAUGUCUACAAAGAAACUAUUAAGUUUAAAUAACUCGAAUAUAUAUUAUAUUCUUGGGAGGAUAUAAAGAUAAACGUUCUAAU